AUGAUGGUCUCGGCGGCUCUACUAGUGCUGCUAGCCAUACAAGCUGGGCUUGUGGGCUCAGCGCCCAUCUCAACCUCCCAAGAGGCGAAGCUAGACAGCACUCUUUCGAUGUUCAACAGCACAAGUUCUUCGAGUCAAGCAGAAGGUACCUCUCGCAUACGGUCCACACGGACAGAGGUUGCUGCUAGACCUACACGUCAACGCACAACUCGCACUCGCACCACCACCACCCCAACUCAACGCCUUCUCGCAACGAAACCACCUCCUUCCACCCACACCCACACUCACACCUCUCACACUGCUCACCCUACCACUACAGCACACCGUAAAGGAGGGCACGGAACGGUAGUUUCGGAUCCAAUCCCUGGUUCUGCUUGGGAAAAGAUCCGCCAGAUUCUGCUGAUUCCUUUAUGUACACUUACCGUUUUGACUUUUAUUGCUGGACUUGGGAUGUAUGUGGCUGCUACUUGGGGGAGUGGCGAGGGGUGGUUCGGACGACCCCUUACUGCUCCUGGUGAGGAAGCAGUUGGGGGGAAGGGCAAGACAAUCCAAGAGAAGCCAAAAGAGGUCGAUGAUCUCGGCCGAAUCGGUGAGAAGCUUGGUGAGAAGGCAAAACAGAGCGAAGAAGAAGAAGGCCUUGGAACGGGGGUGGGUGGUGUCAGGGAAGGUUCUGGUGAGUUUCGAUACCGGGUUCCUUCGUUGAAUAGCAACCUUGUGAAGCAGACUUAG